CUUGGAAGAGUUGGAACACCCGGCGGUAUUCUCCGUCCCGAUUGCCUACUGGAAGGCGGGGCUGGCGACCAUUGGCGGGGUGCUGGUCCCGAGCUUCCCGUUUUUGCAGGCGGUGCUGAAACUCACGAUUCGCAAGGGGGUGCUGUUCCUGCAGUGGGCGGACUUUGUCAAGAGCUCGGUGUACGCCAACGGCGGAGUUUAUGGAAGCGUCAGGUUUGAAAUCGACAAAGUUGAAAUGAUUUGUCAUGCAUCAAAUGGAUAGUACCAGUUGGAAGACCGAUUUCCAAGCCGCGCAUGACAAACUUUCGGAGCACCGGAAUCCAAUUUGUCAUGCUGUUUGGGCACAGGAGACUGCUUUUGUCAUGCUCCUUUGGCAGCUCUAUCCCAAACCCUAAAUAGGGUCACAAUCUGCCUCACUUGCCAUGCCGGCAAGACAGGCACUUCAUGCCUUGCAUUUUUUGCAUGACAAAUCAUUUAAACUUUAGCGAUUUCAAUCCUGACAGAUCCAUAGAGUUUCCAUGCUGCGGAUCGCGGAGCAGAUCAACCCCGGACUGGUGAUAUCCUGUGCAAAAUUAUCGUACUCGUAGUAAUUGCAGUCAUGCAUUACAAAUAUUUUUCCUAAGGCAAAACCGCAUUACAAAUUCCAACUGUAAUGCUAAGGAAAUUUGUAAUGCAAUUCAUACUAGUACGAUACUUCUGCAUUCCAUAGGUGAGCGCGGUCUUUUAUGCUGA